UCCGUGCUGGUCAGGGUAACUAAGGAGGAACAUCAGGCAGGUAAAUGACAAUACAGGCUGCGAUGAUGGAUUAAGCAGAUGCCUUACAGCAGUCGCCACAAUGAGUGCCUCCCACUGAAAAGCAGGGCAGGCAGCCUGGCCGAGUGACGGGGCCGUGCCAGUGCCAGUGUCAGGCGGUGGACACUACAGACACUUUUUCCUACUGAGCUUGGCAGAGUCCAAGACAGUACCAUGGUAACCCUCAUCACCGAGCAGCUGCAGAAGCAAAGUCUGGACGACCCCAAAUGCAGGGCUUUUAAUCUCAGCCUGUCAGUGCCUGAUCAUUCCAGCACAGGAGUCUGCUGGAACCCAUUUAAACCAGAGAACGGUAGUUGGAGCAUAUUGAACCCUUCACCCAAGUCUGAUCUCCAUGACAGCAUGGGUUUCAGUGUAGUUAGUCAGACAACUGGCUACAGCUUUGGCACCAGCAACUACAGCAGUAGCAACAACAGUGGGCAUUCCCUACAGAGAUUCCAUGUGCCCAGCACCUCUGUCACAGACCUGUCUGCUCCCAACCAGGAGAGCUCCAGCACUCCUCCCGCGCCUCCCACUAAACGGCACUGCCGCUCACUGUCCGUACCAGAGGAUCUGUCCCGCUGCAGAUCCAUCUGGCGCCCCAGUGGCUCCAAAAUCUGGACCCCUGUCAAGCGUAGGUGCAACAGUGGCGGGGGCGGUAGCAGCUGCCAGCACCAAGGGCUUCAGCGCCCAUCCAGCCUGCGACUCCAAAAGGUCACCAGUGCCUCCCUGCACUCCAUCAAAACCAGCAGCCCAACUUUCUUUAGCCUGGCCCUGUCCCCAGAGUCGCCCAUCCCCUGGACCUUCUCCCCAAGUAGCGGCUUCGGGGACUACUGCUCCUCCGGGCUUCCACUCCACUCUGAUUCGGAACCCUGCUGCUUUCCCUUCCCUCCUUCCUUCUCAUCUUGCUCUCAGCGGAGGUUCUCUCUGUCACCUGUCCACAUCCAGGAGGCAGCCCAUUUCCUUCCCCCAUCGACUAGCAGCACACCCUCCUCCACCCCAGAGCUGGGCCGCCGUGCCCCGAGCCUUCUACCCCGCAGCCAGUCUCAGCCUUGUGACCUUGACCACCGCAAGGCUAGCCUCAAGCGCCGCCGUGACCAGGAGGAGCGAUGGAGUCGUCCUGUGCUUGACUUCUUCAAGAUGAACCAGACACGGAAUUAUACCACCCCAAUUUACUUAGAAAUUAAGCGAGAGUGUUGCAGUGACCCUCGGAAGCUAGCUUCCUGCGAGGACCCCUUUGACGACCUGGUGACAGUAGACAUGUGUCCGGAUGUCCGCACAACUGUGCAGUACUGUCCCAGCAGCGGUGCCAUCGGGACUCUGAGCGAGAGUGAAGAGGAAGAGGAGUCAAAGAGCGAGGCUGAGGAAGAACAGACCGUCUUUCAGAGAGACUGCACAGAACUGGAUUUAAAUCUUAUUGAGGAAAACUGAACGCUCAGAGUACUCUCUGGAAAACAAAACAAAGUGGACUGACUAGGCCCCAAGCCUAGUUCUCAAAUUGGUGGGGGUGGUGCUGUGUUUUCAGAAAUACCGAUGCAGGUAGCCAUCAAUACUGACCCAGUGGCUGAAAACAUUCCAUGGCUUGGCUGCCUUCUUUCUAUUUCUGUCAAUCACAUUUUCUUUGUUUCUUUCACAUCACUCUCUUUUUUUAAAAUAAUUUAAAUUGUUUGCGAAGUGGAGAAUUAGAACUUUUCUUAAUUAUUUAUCAUUAUUUGAAGUACAAAAAGGCAACAUUCAAUUGAAGUUUGUUGAAAAUGGCAUGAAAGUAAUCUGUCUGUUUUUGGUCUAAUCUUUAAUUUGUAAUCUAACUCACUCGAAACCCCCUUUAAAUAAGACUUGCCAAUUGCUUAGAUUGGAUUUUGUCCCAUUCUAGUUAUGUUGUGAAAUAUAUAUAUAUAUAUUUUUUUUUAAUAACUGCAUCAAGCACAGGAACUACUUGCAUAUCUUCAGUCAAAAUCUGAAUCAUUUAAAAACAUUUGAGAGACUAGUCACAGAAUGUGGCAUGAAAAUAACGGAGCUUUUUGUAAUUGUUUUAACUGCUGCUGCUUCUCUUUUUGUAUAAAAUUAACAAACCUACAGAUCUGCUCCCAAGCUUUUCUGGCCAGUGAUAUUCUUAGUAUGGUUUUGAGCAGAGCAGUGAGCCUCCUCUUUAGAGUUCAGUGUCUUGGAGCCUCUUAUUUUAGUGCUUUUUAACAUUAUGUUGAGUGUCACUGAAUAUAGAAGAGUUAUUUUUUUUAUGUAAAUUUACUUAAAUUGUGUUAAUUUUUGCUUACGUAAGUCACAUUUAAGAAGCAAACUGCUUGUUUUGAAGAAUCAGGACCUCGGUCACAAGCAGUCUUGGUCCCAAACCUCAAGAUAGAAAUGCAGUAAUCUUUUAAGUAACUACAUUUAACACAACCCUGAGGUUCUGUUUAGUGGGUUAAAAAGAUGGCUUAUCAAAGUAGAGGCUCCCACAUUUUAAAAGAGGAAACAGUGGAUUGCCUUGCCUCUACACUGCUGCUGAGCGGUGACACCUUAUAAUAUAUUAAAAAGCUAGGAUUGUGGUCCUAUAAAGAUGUACUCAAUAUGUAACACUGUUAUAAACUAACUAAAACACAUGUGCUAUUGUGAUUAAAUAAUGAAGUGUUGGUAUGUACAAAGUGCAUCCAGAUCAGUCUUAAUUGUAAUAAUUUGCAAUUGAAGGCUGUGCACCCAAUUUUCUGUCCUCAAAACAAUCACAGAAAAACUAUGUAGAGCAGGUAAACGAGAUGUGCAAAGUACAGUGCGGACAGGAAGAUGAAAAAAGAUACAUUUUGAAUGUAAAUGUUCAUUUUGAGAACAUUUCAGGAAGGCACCUGUGCCAGUACACUUUGGUUAAGCUCCUUUGUAUUUCUAUAUAGCUCAGGUUACAGUCUUUUAAGCAGGUGGGGAUAUUCCUUCACCAUUCUGCAGAGACUACAAUUGUUAAGGAAAGUUUUUGUAGGUUUUAAUUUUAGAUAUGAACUUUAUACUACUGACCUGGAAUUUAUGGACUUUAUGACUUGCAAAAAGUCAUGUCUUAUGAUUUGGGUUCAGCAGUGUAACAACUUGUAUUGGUUCACCUUCCUCUUUUGCAAUGGCUAAAACACGUGUGUUGGGUUCUAGUGAGCGGCUCUGCACAAGAAUAGAAUAUAUCAAGUGCUAGCACUCUAACACAGACUCAUUCUGUGGAAUUUUCCAAACCCUGGUUGUUGAGUAGCUACAUUUUAAUGCUGGUUUUGGUUUGUAAAAUUGCCUUGAGAAAAGGCCUCUGCUGUAGGUGGUCUUGUUUUUGUUAAACUUUUAAAGAGGUUCAAUAUUUCAUGCUAUUAAAUCUUAUCAUGGAACUAGUCUACAUUCCAACCCAGUUGCCUUAGGUGUACCAGGUUAAAAAGUUAAUGGAAACAUUACUGGCUUUUUUUACACAACUCAUUAAAAGCCAGAGAUUCUCCAAUGCUGAAUAUCCUCUUUAGGAAACUGUGAUACGGAGGUGAUGUGGAGGGACUGUUUAUGUAACUUUCUUGGUGUAUUUGAACAUAACGUUUCUGUAGCACUGCCUAUUGUUGCAACGAUAAACAAUCUGUUUGUGUUUAACCGAUUUUACAGGUUUAAAAUGUACAACGUAUCGUAUCCGGGGCAAAUUGAACUAAGGUGGGUGCCGAUUAACAAAGAUAACUGCGAGUCUGUGCUCUGCAAACAGGAUGACAGUGUAAUCUGGUCUAGUGGCAUCUGUCAUUUUAGAUAUCUGUUGAAACCUUAAGGAAACACCUGUGUAGCACUAGAAUUAUUGCUAACUUCUUGCGAAUUAAAACAUUAAUGCACUGUGUUGGGGGAGAUAUAUGUGUGUGUGUAUAUGUAUG